UUCCCGAAGCGACCAGCGGCUGAUCCCACGCUGGUGUUGUCAAAUUAGGUCGCUGCUGCUCGUAAGGUCCGGGUCCUCCGGCUAUUGUGAAUAAAGCUCAGCUGGGUCUCAUGAUGGCGCAUCGGGAGGCGGAAUGCAUCUUACUAACUGUUCCUGAUGACGCUUGGACGCCGGAUUUACGGCAUUGGUCUCUACCGCGUUCCGCAGUCGAAUUGGCAGGCAAGCUACUAGCACCCUCGGCUCCCUCGCUGUCAGGAAAACGGGUUUGCUUGUAAAUAGGAUCCUCAGCGUUUCCCGAGUGUUCCCGAAGGUGUUUCAACUUUCAACUUCCGGUAGGCUGUUAUCAGUGGUUGGUACCGCUAGUGUGUGGCGUGUACGGAGCAACCGAAACGGAGAUCGACGCCUCCAUUCCAAGUGUUCGUCCUUGUAUCUUAGUUGGAUGAGAAUGGAAGCGGAAGUAAAGGAAGGGGAGGGAAAGGAAGUGAAGGCGAGGGGAAGGGCUGAGGAGGAAGCGGGGGAGAUGAGGAAGGAUCUAGGGGGUGACGUGGAGGAGAGAGCCAAGGGAGAGAAGGAGGAGGAGGGGAGGGGAACGCAGGAGAGGGGAACGCAGGAGAGGGGAGGAACGGAGGAGCGGAAGGUAGAAGUUGGAGAAGCAGUGGGGGCGAGGAAUGCAGCGGAGGUGUUGAAACCGAAUGGAGCUCAAACGACGGAGAGUACGGAGGAGGCGUUAAGGACGAAUGGAUUUCAAAAGACGGAGAAUAGAAAGGAGGCUUCAAAGGCGAAUGGAUCUCAGACGGCGAAAGAGAGUCAGGAGGCGAACGAGGCUGCUGCAUCAGCUGUUCCUCCCGUUUCAUCUGCGCCUCCAGUUUCAUCUGCUCCUCCCGCUUCAUCUGCUCCUCCCGUUUCAUCUGCGCCUCCCGCUUCAUCUGCACCUCUCGUUACCUCUGUGCCUCCCGUUUCAUCUGCUCCUCCCGUUUCAUCUGCGCCUCCAGUUUCAUCUCCUCCUCCCGUUUCAACUUCUCCCGCAGUUUCUGUUGCUCCUCCAAUUUCGUCUGCUCCUACCGUAGUAGCAGACUUAGCUCCACCCGACUCAGCUGCACCCGACUUAGCUGUACCCGAAGUAGCUGCACCUCAAGUAGCUGCACCCGAACUAGCUGCAGCAGAGUUAGUUGCCGUAGACAGAAGAGCGGCUGAUACAGUUGUAGCAGAGAGAAGAGCGGCUGAUACGGUUGUAGCAGAGAGAAGAGCGGCUGAUACGGUUGUAGCAGAGAGAAGAGCGGCUGAUACGGUUGUAGCAGAGAGAAGAGCGGCUGAUGCAGUCGUAGCAAGCGCUGUGGCAUCAGGUUCGGAAGGCAAGCUAAGUCGCCUAGGCGAAUUGGAGCAACGGCAACAGAAACAGCAGCAGCAGCAGCAGCACGAGAAUCAGCAGCAGCCGCCACAACAGCAGCCAGAGAAAAAGCAGCAGCAGCAGCAGCACGAGAAACAGCAGCAGCAGCCGCUGCACGAGAAACAGCAUGUGCAGCAGCAGGAGAAGCAACAACCAGCCAUCCCACCGCAUGGCACUCCAAUGACUCAUGGGGGAAAGGGCGAGCAGCAGAAGCAACAACCAGCCAUCCCACCGCAUGGCACUCCAAUGACUCAUGGGGGAAAGGGCGAGCAGCAGGAGAAGCAACAACCAGCCAUCCUACCGCAUGGCACUCCAAUGACUCAUGGGGGAAAGGGCGAGCAGCAGGAGAAGCAACAACCAGCCAUCCCACCGCAUGGCACUCCAAUGACUCAUGGGGGAAAGGGCGAGCAGCAGGAGGCAUGGGGAGGCGCGGGUAAAGUCAGCCUAGCUCCAGACAGCGAGAAAGAGCAGGAGGAGGCGUGGGGAGGAGUGGGGAAGGUCCGUGUAAAGCCAGACAGAGAGAGAGAGCAGGAGGAGGCGCGGAGAGCCGCGGGAAAGGUCGGAUUGGUCCCAGACAGAGAGAGAGGGCGGCAGGAGGUCCGAUUGGAUCCAGACAGAGAGAGAGGGCGGCAGGAGGUCCGAUUGGAUCCAGACAGAGAGCCAUCAAAAUUGUCCAUACAAUUCACAAGUCUUUCGGUGGGGAAGGUCGGAUUGGAUUCAGACAGAGAGAAAGGGAAGGAGGAGGCGCGGGGACGAGUGGGGCAGGUCAGUUUAGACUCAGACAGAGAGAGAGGGGGGGAAGAGGCGUGGGGAGGAGUGGGGAAGGUCCGACUGGAUCCCGAUGCAGAGCCCAAGGCUAAGAGGAAGAAGGUUAAGCGGCUGAGCAGCAUGCAUGUGGUGCGGGGGGGUGUUCCCGCCGAAGAGAGGCUGUUUGGGGGGAUAAUGCUGCAGCAGCAGCAGCAGCAGCAGCAGCAGCAGUGGGUGCUGCAGCAGCGCGAGGAAGAGGAGAGGAAGGGGAGGAAGGGAGUGGAGCGGGGGAAGAAGGAAGGGGAAACGGAAGGGCGGGAGACAGGGGAGGGGCAGGGGGAGGGGGAGGCGGCAGAGGAGGAGAGAAGUGGGCAGGAGGAUGGGGGCGGGAGGGAAGGCGGGGGAAAGGUGGAGGAAGGGGAGGGGGGUUGUGCGAGGGCCUGCGGGAAUGGAGGUUAUGGCAGUGCUUGCGAUGGUAUGGAUUCAGGAAAGCGUAGUAGCGGAGAGAGAGAUGAUUCCGGAUGUGAGGGAGGGACGUUUCCUCGUGCCGGGUCUGCUGGAAAAAUGGAUGAGGGGGGUGCAUGUGGUGACAGGCGUGCUUGUGCUGAUGGGAAUGCUGGUGCCGGGAGUAGCGAAGCAGAAAAGAAGGCUUGUGGAGGUGGGGAAGAGGAGAGGGGAGGGGUGAAGGAGGGGAAGGAGGGGGAGGGGAAGGAGGGGAAGAGGAAAGAGGGGGAAGGGGUGAAGAGAGCGAGGAGUGGGGAGGGGAAAGGGGGAGGGAAGGAAAGGAGGGAAGAGAGGAAAGUGGUGGUGAACGAGAGGAGUGGAGAGGAGGAGGGAGGAAGGGAAGAGAGGGGGGAGAAGGAGGGCGCCUGUGGAGAGGGUGUGACUGGCUGUGAAGCUGUUAGUGAAACUGGAAGUGAAAGAGAUGAGAGGAAGCGAGAUGAGAGGAUGGGAGAUGAGAGGAAGGGGGAGGAGAGGAUGGCAGAGGAGAGGAAGGGGGAGGAGAUGAGAGAAGAGGAGGGAGCAAAAAGAGGGGAGAGGGUUGUGGGCACCGUGGGGUCCCAGGCUGCCCUCGGCCCUGAUAUCACCCGCCCCAGCAGCAGCAGCAGGGCGGUUGACCCUGGGAGUAUUGAGGCGAGGCGGGGGAGUGCGCCCAGCAGGCAUGGUGGAAUCAACCCCAGAGUGAGUGGCGAUGCUGAUGGCAACGAGGGGUCCCAAGCUGCCCUCGGCCCUGAUACCCACCCCAGCAGCAGCGCGGUUGACCGUGGUGCUGAGGCGAGGCAGCGGAAGGCGGCGAUGGGGGACGAGCAGGGGAAGGGGGACGAUCAGGGGAAGGGGAACGAGCAGGGGAAGGGGAACGACCAGGGGAAGGGGAACGAGCAGGGAACGAAGGCGAAAAGGAAGGAGCAGGGAGGGCUUGAGGAGGAGGAGGAGAAGGAGAAGGAGGAGGAGAAGGAGGAGAAGGGGAGGAUGAAAGGGAAGGCGCUGAAGAGCAAAAAGGAGGGACGGGAGGAAGACGAGGAGGACUGCAAUGCUGCUGCUGGUGCUGCUGCUGUUGCUGAUGCUAAUGCUACUGCUGCUACUGCUGCUGCUACUACGUCUGCUGCUGCUGCUGCUGCUGCGACAUCUGCUGCUGCAGAUGGCAGUGACGAUGACGCUGAUGACACUGGUGGUGAUGGCACUGACGACGACGACGAUGUUCGGGUGGUGAAGGCAGAGAGCCAGGUGAAGCGGACAAGGGACCGGGACAGGGAGCGGGAGAAGGGGCUCCCCCGCAGUGAUGUCAUGAAGCUCCGAGCCGUGCGCCAGCUCAAGGGAUUCGCAGGGAAGCAGGACAUGGGCCCGGGGGAAAGCCGCUCGGGGGAGACGGUGCUCAAGGUGCAUCGAAUGCGAACCGCUAGGCCUUCUUUCGUCAAGUUUGUGACGCGCCACGUCAUCGCGACGUCGGAUAAGGGGCUGGACCUCCCCGGGCCGUUCGUGAAGCGGCACCUGGCGGGGUCGGAGCGGAUAGCUGUGAUUGGCCCGGGGGGGCGGAGGUGGGAGAUGAGGUGGGGGGUGUAUUCGAAGGGGGUGCAGGUGUACAGGUUGAAGGAGGGGUGGGGGGAACUGGCUGUGACUCUGGAUAUGCAAGAGGGGGAGGCGCUGGUGUUUGAGGUGGAGAGGAAGUUGCUCCUGCGGCUGCACCUGGUGAAGUUUGGCCAAGAGGUGGUGCUGAACACGAGUGAGGAGGUGCGCAAUACCAGUGAGGAGGUGCGGAAUACCAGUGAGGAGGUGCGGAAUACCAGUGAGGAGGUGCGGAAUAUCAGUGAGGAGGUGCGGAAUACCAGUGAGGGGAAUUUGAAUGGGAGUGACGGUGCUGCUGAUGGUGAUGGUGAUGAUGCUAGUGAUGCUGGUGCCAGUGCCGGUGCUGGUGCUGGUGCUGGUGCUAGUUCUCCUGCUGCUGACUCAGGGUCCAAGAGUGAGACGGAGGAAGGGGGGCAGAGCAGGGAGGGCGCGGAGGCGGGUGAUGGUGGCUUCAUGGGUGGUGGAGGCAAGGCCAAAGGAGUGAAGCAGAUUAGAGAGACGGGCAAGACGCUGGCAGGGGAGAGGGAAGGGAAAGGGGCGAAGAGUGUUUCAGUGAAGGUCACAGGGAAGUCGACAGGAAAGGGCACAGGUACGGGGACAGGAAAGGGGACGGUGAAGGGGGGAGGAAAGGUUUUAAAGAAAGCCAAGAAGAGCGGUGUAGAAGAGGCAGGGAAGACCAAGAAGCAACGGAGGUUUGGAGAAGGUUCUGGGUCUCGCUUCGCUUCAGCUGCUGAGACUCCCUUUCUUUCUGCUCCCCCUCUCCCCCCUGCUACUACCCCAUCCCAUCCCCCCUCUUCGUAUCCAGCUCCCACUCUCCCCGCUGCUCCUGCUGCUUCUCCCCACUUUGCUUCUGCUCCUGCUGCUGCAGCCGCUGCUGCCGCUCCUCCCACGGUCCCAAUCGCCACCACUGGCUCUGCUGCUUCUGCUGACGUGCAACCAGAUUCUACCCGUGCUGCUGCGCCCCCCUCUCCCCCGCCUCCUGCGCUGAAGAAAAGAGCGCGAGUGCCUCCCCCAGGAGGGUGGAAGGUGGCUCGACUCGUCCCCUCCAGGCGACUCAAUCCGCCCCUGCCUUCUGCUCCUGCUGCUGGUGCUGGUGGUGGUGCUGCUGGUGGUGCUGCUGGUGCUGGUGGUGGUGCUGGUGGUGGUGGUGCUGCUGCUGCUGCUGGUGCUGCUGCUGGUGGUCCUGUUUCUGCUCCCUCUCCUUCUCCUCUUGGUGCUGUUUCUGCUCCCUCUCCUUCUCCUCUUGGUGCUGUUUCUGCUCCCUCUCCUUCUCCUCUUGGUGCUGUUUCUGCUCCCUCUCCUUCUCUUGGUGCUGUUUCUGCUCCCUCUCCUUCUCCUCUUGGUGCUGUUUCUGCUCCCUCUCCUUCUCCUCUUGGUGCUGUUUCUGCUCCCUCUCCUUCUCCUCUUGGUGCUGUUUCUGCUCCCUCUCCUUCUCCUCUUGGUGCUGUUUCUGCUCCCUCUCCUUCUCCUCUUGGUGCUGUUUCUGCUCCCUCUCCUUCUCCUCUUGGUGCUGUUUCUGCUCCCUCUCCUUCUCCUCUUGGUGCUGUUUCUGCUCCCUCUCCUUCUCCUCUUGGUGCUGUUUCUGCUCCCUCUCCUUCCCCUCCCUCUCCUUCUCCUCUUGGUCCUGUUUCUGAUCCCUCUCCUUCUCCUCUUGGUGCUGUUUCUGCUCCCUCUCCUUCUCCUCUUGGUGCUGUUUCUGCUCCCUCUCCUUCUCCUCUUGGUGCUGUUUCUGCUCCCUCUCCUUCUCCUCUUGGUGCUGUUUCUGCUCCCUCUCCUUCUCCUCUUGGUGCUGUUUCUGCUCCCUCUCCUUCUCCUCUUGGUGCUGUUUCUGCUCCCUCUCCUUCUCCUCUUGGUGCUGUUUCUGCUCCCUCUCCUUCUCCUCUUGGUGCUGUUUCUGCUCCCUCUCCUUCUCCUCUUGGUGCUGUUUCUGCUCCCUCUCCUUCUCCUCUUGGUGCUGUUUCUGCUCCCUCUCCUUCUCUUGGUGCUGUUUCUGCUCCCUCUCCUUCUCCUCUUGGUGCUGUUUCUGCUCCCUCUCCUUCUCCUCUUGGUGCUAUUUCUGCUCCCUCUCCUUCUCCUCUUGGUGCUGUUUCUGCUCCCUCUCCUUCUCCUCUUGGUGCUGUUUCUGCUCCCUCUCCUUCUCCUCUUGGUGCUGUUUCUGAGGCAACUUCAGCAGCAGCAACAAGAGCAGAAGCAGCAGCGGCAGCAACACCAGCACCAGAAGCAGCAGCAGAAGCAGCAGCAGAAGCAGCAACACCGGCAGCAGCAACAAUACCGGCAGCAGCAACAACACCGGCAGCAGCAGCAGCAGCACCACCACCACCACCAGGAGCAGCAACACCAGAAGCAGCAACAAUACCGGCAGCAGCAGAAACAACAAGAACAGCAACGGACGGAGCAGCAGCAGCAGCAGCGGCGGCAGGAGGAGGAGGAGGUGCAGGGAACGAGGGAAUCAGUGGCGAAGCCACAGGCGACGAGCAUCCUUACCACAGCACACUGCUGUGGCUGCACCGCGUGUGGGCUGAGAGCCAUGCAGUGGUGGCUGGACACAUGGGAGAAGAGGAGGAGAAAGAGGGAGAGGAAGAGGGAGAGGAAGAGGGAGAGGAAGAGGAAGGGAGGGAUCUGGGGAAGCGGAAGAGGAGGAGGGAAGCGGCAGCCAGUUGCGGGAGUGGUAACGGGCAUGGUUACCGCUACGGUAGCCGCUAUGUUGACAAGUAUGGCUACAUGGCGAGUAUGUUUGGUGGGAAGAGGCGGAGAAGGAGGAGGGAUGGGCACAAGAAAGGAUCGUACAAGGUGAACUCCGAAUGGCGCCUCUCCCUCACUGGGGUCACCAUCGUCCCUCCCCCUCCCCCUCUCGCUCACCCUGACUCGCCUCCUCCUCCCCCCCCUCUCGCUCACCCUGACUCGCCUCCUCCUCCUCCCCCUCUCUCCCACCCUCACGUGCCUCCUCCUCCUCCACCUCUCUCCCCUUCCUCUCCCUCUCACUCCCCUCCUCCGCUUCCCCCCUCUCCUACCCUCCUCUCCUCUCCUCCUGCUGCCUCCUCUCCAAAACUUGCUGCAUCCCCUCAAGCCCCUGCUGCUGCUCCUGCUGCUGCGGCUGCCGGUGUGAGUGCUGCUGGCGUGACUGCUGCUGCUGCCAUUCCUGCAUCCCCUAGCGCACCUGCUGCAAUCCCCUCUGCUGCCGCUGCCAGUCCCACUGCAACCGCCUCACCCUCUGCUGCAGCAACAAAUAAGGGGGGGAAAGCCGCAGGCAAGCAGGCAGCGAAGGCAGGGGGAGGGAAGGGGGCAGCAGCAAAAAAGGCAGGGAAACAGGCGGGGGAGUUAGGAGCAGGGAAAGGGGUAACAGCAAAAAAGGAAGGGAAGCAAGCAGGGGGGAGCCUCAAGCGGCGAGCAAAGAGCCUUGCAGACACCCCUUCUGAUCUGGAUCAACUCACUCAGCCGCAGGGUGCCUGUAGUGAAAGGCCUGGAUCUCUUAAAUCGCCUUCCCGGAAGAUCGCCAAAGCACAAGCUACUAAUACAGCUGGCAAAGCACCUGAUAAAUUACCUGGCAAAACAGCUGGCGAAACUGCUGGCAAUACGCCUGGAAGAACUGCACCUGGGAGACCACCUGGGGCACCUGGGAAAGCACCUGCGAAGGUACCUGGGAAGGCACCUGGGAAGGCACCUGGCGUGAGUUUUGUUGGAGAGAGGGUGCCAGAGAGAGGCGUGAAGAAGGGCGAUGGUGAGCGUGGGAGGGGGUGCAGUCAAAACAGCGAGGGAAGAGACUCUACUGAAGGUGAGAGGAGGGAGAGGAGCGAAGAAGAUGGUGCUUCUGCAGAAGACGAUGUGCAAGUCAUAGAAACCGGCACUACAGCCACUACAGCCGCUACGGCCGCUACAGGCACUACAGCCGCUACAGCAGCUACUGCCGCUACAGCCACUACAGCCGCUACUGCUGCCACCCCCACUACCACCCCCGCCACCACCCCCAGCAGCAGCAGCCGGAAGGCAUCUCUGCGCAAGAGCAUCCGGGCGGCUGUGUCCACAGAGUUCGCGCGCAUGGUGGACCGCGACGGCAAGAGGCAGCGCCACAUCGGCUUCUAUGCCACUGCAGAGGAGGCGGCGCUGGCGUAUGACGUGGCUGUCUUGAGGGUGCAUGGCAGCGCGGCUCAGCUGAACUUUCCCGCGAAUGGGGGGGGGAAGAGGCGGGAUUCCCCUGAGGAUGGGGGGAAAGUGGGGGGUGGGGGAGAUGGGGGGGGAGGGGAGGGAGGGAAUGAGGGGGUUGGUAGGGUAGGUCAGGUGCUGGGUGGGAUGUCAGGUGGGACGUCAGGUGGGAUGUCAGGUGAGCGGCUGGUGGGUGUGGAUGGCUCGUUGCCUUCUCGAGGGGAGGCUGUUGCCGAAGCUGAGCGCGAGGAUGGGGCCGAAGCUGCUGGCGAGGUUUGGAAAGGUGUACGGAAUGCAGCAAUGGACGGGGAAGUGAAAGGUAGUAAGGAUAAGGAAAUGGCCCCACCAAUGCCACCUUCCCCAGUAAUUCCCUCCCCCUCAAUGCUACCUCCCCCAGUCCCCUCCUCCACUGUAAGCCGCAGGGUCAGGAAACGCCACCCACCUGGGCCCCGGCCCCCUGCCCAGACCCAACCUGGCUCCAGAGGCGCUGGACAAGUGCCAGCUGACCAGGUACUAUCUCAGGUGAUUUCACAGGUGGUGGUUGGUGAGGCGUUUUCUGAGGUGCAGGUGGGGAGUGAGGGAGGUGGGGUUGGUGUGGGGGUGGUGGGUGAGGAGGAGGAGGUGGAGGCAAGAGGUAGUGCUGCUAAUGCUGCUGGUGCUCCUGCUGGUGCUGCUGCUGCUGCUGCUGCUGCUGCUGCUGGUGGUGCGGCUGCUGGUGCGGCUGCUGGUGCUGGUGGUGGUGCGGCUGCUGGUGCGGCUGCUGGGGCUGCUGGUGGUGCUGGUGCUGGUGCGGCUGCUGGUGCUGGUGGUGGUGCUGGUGGUGAUGCUGGUGGUGGUGCGGCUGCUGGUGCUGGUGAUGCAGUUGACUCAACGAUGCAGAGGGCAGGGGCAGGCAAGGCAGCAGCAGCACAAGCGACAGCAGCAGCAGCAGCAGCACAAGCAGCAGCAGCAGCAGCAGCAGCACAAGCGGCAGCAGCAGCAGCAGCCGCACAAGCGGCAGCAGCAGCAGCAGCCGCACAAGCGGCAGCAGGGAUGACUGCACGUGGAAGUGGGGGAGCAAGUGGGAAGGUAGCGGCAGAGAGGGAGGGAGCAGAGGGUGGGGACAUGGGAAUGGGGAAAGGAGGAGCCGGGGCAACAGCAGCAGCAGCAGCAACAGCAACAGCGGCAGGGGCAGCAGUCGCAGGGGCACCGAAAGCAGUGGUGGCAGUCGGGCCAGUGUUAGAGGAUAGAGAGGACAGGUCGGAGCAGGGAGAGGGUGCAGGGGCCAGGGCCGCCAGGUGUCAGCAGUUGAUUGGGCCAGAGAGGGAGAAGAGAGGGAGAGAACCGGGGGAGAGCAGUGCUGGUGCUGCUGAGGGGGGUGUAGAGCAGGGGGGAGGAGGGAGGGGGAGGGGCAGGAGCAGGAAGCGGCAGCGGCAAGGGAGGGGCGUGGGAGAGCAGUGGGAGCAGCAGCCGGAGAAAGGCAUGGGGAGAGGUAUGGGUAGAGCCAUGGGUAGGGGCCUGGGUAGGGGUAUGAAAGGGCUCAAACCAUGGGAAAAGGAAGACACAGAGGACGAGUCUGUUUCAACGCCUCUCUCUAGUCACUAUCAGCAGCAGCAGUCAACGCCUCUCUCCAGACAGAAUCAGCAGCAGCAGUCAACGCCUCUCUCUAGUCACUAUCAGCAGCAGCAGUCAACGCCUCUCUCUAGUCACUAUCAGCAGCAGCAGUCAACGCCUCUCUCUAGUCACUAUCAGCAGCAGCAGUCAACGCCUCUCUCUAGUCACUAUCAGCAGCAGCAGUCAACGCCUCUCUCUAGUCACUAUCAGCAGCAGCAGUCAACGCCUCUCUCUAGUCACUAUCAGCAGCAGCAGUCAACGCCUCUCUCCAGACAGAAUCAGCAGCAGCAGUCAACGCCCCAGCCUAGAUCAUCAAGCACCGCACUGGUCCUCCCUCCUCUGUCGCUCCCCCAUCCCAUGCGCCUCUCCCUCCCCCACAUACCACCUCCCCCUCGCCGCCCGACUCCCCCACCCACCACCCCGUCAAGCCCCCUCACUCCCCCCCCUGCACCCUCUUCCGCACACCACGGAUCCGGACCUGUUGCCUCCGGACCUGUUGCCUCUGGACCUGUUGCCUCUGGACCUGUUGCCUCUGGACCUUUUGCCUCCAAACCUGUUGCUUCCGGGCCUGUUUCUUCCAAACCUGUUGUUGUUGGUGGUGGUGGUGGUGGUGGUGCUGCUGCUGCUGCAGGUGCUGCAGGUGGUGGUGGUGGUGGUGGUGGGGAGGGGCAUGAGGAUGGUGGUGGGGAUGGUGGGGAUGGUGGGGAUGGUGGGGAUGGUGGGGAUGGUGGGGAUGGUGGGGGGUGGUUGAGGGGUUUGGAUUUGAACGAGGAGAGUGAGGAUGCAGUCAGAGAGGCACGGAAGGAGGCAGGGAGUGCUGGCACAGCAGCAGCAGCAGCAGCAGAUGCAACACUUGCAGCACCAGCAGCUGUGACAGCAGCAGCAGCAGCAGCAUCGAGUGCGAGUGUGGCCAGUGGUCCCCUGAAAGGUAGCAGCAGCAUGGGUCCCGGUGGCCUGGCAAGUGCUGCCGAUUCAAAGGCUGCACCCACCUCUCCUGAUGCGCCUGUUGCCUCCCGUGCUGCUGCUGCUCCUGCUCCUGCUGCUGUGCCCGCUGCUGCUGCUGCUGCUGAUGUGGCCAGUGCUACGGCUCCUAGUGCUUCCGGAGGGGACGGAGGGGCGAGAGAUUCGAGGGAGGUGCAUCUGGGGAAGGUGCGUUCAGGGGAGGUGCGUGAGGUGCGUGAGGUGCAUGAGGUGCAGGUGGUAUCGGCGCCAGUGCCCCACUCAGGCAGCUAUGGCAGCUGGCCGUGGUGGCAGGGCGGUCUUACGGGGGGCGGAGGAGUGUCUUCCUUUGAGGCUGCUAGGACAGCAGACCCUGGAGGAGCAAUGGCAGCCACGGCACCAGCCACAGCAGCAGCAGCGGCAGGGGGAGCGACGACAGCAGCAGCAGCAGCAGCAGCGGCAGCGGCGGGAGCAAGCGAGGUAGCGAGAGGGCUGCGGCUAACAUCACCAGACACUGCUGCCGGAGAAUCACACAGAGUGGGAACAGCCGGAGUGGAGGACACGCUGGCAAGGGGCAGUGAGGAGCGACGGGAGGAAGGAGGCACGGGCAAGGGCAAGGGGGAAGGCAAGGGGGAGGGUCAGGGACACAAGAACCAGGAGGCGGCAGCAGAGGUGGAGGAGGAGGAUGAUGAUGAUGACGAUGUGAUUCUGGUGUGGGAGGGCAGCCGAUCCUCCCCUCCGCCUCCUUUCCCACGCUCUCGUGCCUCUGCUGCUGCCGCUCGCCCCACCACUACCUCUGACGCUCCUGCUGCCUUGGCUGCUGCUCGUACUACCCCUGGCCUUGCCACUGCCUCUGCUGCCUCCACUGCCUCUGCACGACGUGCUGCCUCUCAUCCGCCCCCCCUCCCCCUGCCUCCCGUGCCUUCCCCCCACCAGCCCCCGGCACACCCCCACCUCUCUUCAUCUCCUGCCCCCCCCGCCCACCCCCACGCGGCUAGGUUCAGGGCCCAGGGGUCAUGGCUGCCGUCCCUGCCCAUGCCUUGGGAAUCGCCCUCCCCAUCCGGACCUACGCCUCGAGAUGUGCCUCCCUUUUCCGGACCUACGACUCGGGAUGUGCGUCCCUUUUCCGCGCCUGUGCCUCCGGGUUCCCCGUCACGUUCCGGACCUGUGGCUCGGGAAUACCCAGAGCGAGCCCCAUCGGUUCAGAGGUAUAUGGACCUUAGAAGUCCUUUGGCUCGGGAGGGACCUCCUCCACCCGAACAUGUGGCUUGGCAGCAACAGCAGCAGGCAUGGAAAGAGGUUCGGAACGAGCCAUUGCAGCAGGCUUGGCGCGGUGAGCCGGGGCAGAAUAUGGUUCAGCAGCAGGCUCGGUGGGUGAGGCCUGGGGAUGCCGCUGGGGUUGCCAAUCGAGGUGGCGGUGGUGGUGGGAACAAUGGUGGUUUUGGUGGUAAUUCUGAUGGUGAGCGAGAUAGAGGGACGAGAGGAGGAGAGGCGGAGAGGGGGAGAGGAGGAGAGGGGGAGAGGGGGAGAGGAGGAGAGUGGGAGGGGAGGAGAGGAGGAGGCAUAGCGGAUCUAAACGCCGCUGCUGCUGCAGAAGCAGGGGACACUCGAGAGGCUGACAGCAGCAGCAGCAGCAGCAGGGGUGAGAGCGCAAGGCGAGGACUCAGCAGAGGGGCGUUGAGGCACGAACCCACUACCGGCCAGGGCAGAGGCAUGCAGCAACAGUUUGGGGCACGAUUAGAACGAGAUUUGAGGCGCGAACCCGAUUCAACCCCAGGCAGAGGCAUGCAGCAGCAGCAGCAGCAGCAGCGCUUGCAGUCACGAUCAGCACGAGACCCACGGCUACGGGGGCAGAUAGCACCCCGGGUACAGAACCAAGCUGGUGGGCAGGUGCGAGAGGUAGGGGGUACCGAGCAGAGGGAGCCAGCCGGGGCUCGAGACAGGGCCGUUUAUGAGUCGAAUCACACGCCGCCAGGGGGGCCUGGAGACAGAGCCCCAGCGGGCAGAGAGCAGGGAGAGCAGGGAGAGCAGGCAGGUGAGGAUGGGGAAAGGCAGCGAUGGGAGCGCAGUGUGCAGCAGGGGGGACGAGAGGGAAGGCAGCAGAUGGAGCCGGUGGGGUUGCAGCAGCAGCAGCAGGGGGAGCGCAGUGUGCAGAAAGGAGGGCUAGAAGGCAGGCAGCUGAGCGUGCAGCAGCAGCAGCUAGUGCAGGCAGCUCAUGCCUCCAAGGCCCCCCUGCACUCACAGCAGCAGCAGCAGCAGCAGCAGCAGCAGCACCAAGCAGGUGCGUUUCUGCAGCAGCAACAUGUGAACCCAACGGUCGCUCCCGUCGCACCAGCAGAAACAAACAACCAGCAAAGCGGCCCCCGCCUCUCACCCACCUCCCUCCUGCAACUCCUCUCAACCGCCCCCAACCCCCUCCCUCCCAACCUCUUACACACCCUACAGAACCCCCGCUCUGCCCCCUCAUUCUCCUCCCUCUCCUCUCCCCCACUAGUAUCCAACCUGGGGGGGGUGUCCCAGUCCCCCCAGGUCCCUCACCCCCCUCGCUCUUCCCCUCAGCUUCCCCCUCCCAUCAACUCUCCUGUCAACUCUCCAAUCAACUCCCCUCUCCACCAGCUCUCCUCGCUCACUCACUCUCAGCGCCUAAGGUUCCUGCAGGGGCUCAGUCCAGAGAGCUUGGCAGCAGUAGCUGCUAGUAUGGCAGCAGCGACCGCAGCAGCCACCGCUGCAGCUGCUCCUGCAGCCACUGCUGCAGCGGGAGGGGGAGGGGGGAGGGAAAGGGGGGAAGGAGCCAGGGGAGCAGGAGCAGCAAGGGUAGCAGGGCCGACAGGAGCAGGGGCAGGAGCAGGGGCAGGAGCAGGGGCAGAUGGGAGAGCAAGCAGAGCAGGAGGAGGGGGGGCAGGGCCACCACUGGAAUCACGACAAGCACAGCAAUCUGGGCCGUUCAGAGGCUUGCAGGCUCCUUUGGACGGCCCAGAUGCGCCCAUCAUGGGAUUGAGCAGAUCUCAACCGUUCGUGGUGCCAGAUGAUCGAUUCCAUCCGUCCCAUCCCCCCUUCCCUCCCUCUCAACCCCCCUCUCUCCCUCCACCACCGCACCGGUCCUUGUUGGGAUCUGCUCGUCUUCCCGCUCCGCGCCAAUUCGUCAAUCCACAGCAGCACCAACAGCAGCAGCAUCAUCAGCAGCAGCAGCAGCAGCAUGGACAACAGGGUCCACCACACCCCCAUCCUCAGUCCGUCCAUUUUCUUUCCCCUCCACACCCCUCCCAUCCCUCUCUCCCUUCCCCUCCACACCCCUCCCAUCCCUCUCUCCCUUCCCCUCCGUUGCACCCGAAUCGCCUCCCCCUCUUCCCCUCUGACUCCAGGCAACUCUCAUCCCCUCCAAACCUCCCCUCUCCAAACCUCCACUUUCCGCCGAACCUCCCCUCUCCAAACCUCCCCUUUCCACAGAACCUUUCCUCUCCACCAAUCCUUCCCACGCCACCAAAUCUCCCCUCUCCUCCGAACCUUGCCUCUUUACCGAACCUCCCGUUUCCCAACCAGUCACAGAGCGCGCAUCAACCCCGGGCUGCGCAGGCUCGGAUAACCCGAUUCCCUUCCCCAAGCCCAACCCGAACCUCAGAACCCACACACAGCCCUCCCCUCACCCAAACCUCCCCCCCGAACCUCCGCCGAGCCUCAUCGUUUCAGCACCCAACGAAGCGACCAGCCCAUUCAAGCCCACUAUCAGCACAACCUAGGGCCAAUCCAACAUCUCCCUCACUCUCCCUCACACUCUCAUCCCCCUCUCCUCCCGCUUCCUCCCCCUCGCCAGUCCCUUCCAUCCACGGCACCCCCAGAGGGCCUGCUACCACGAUUCAGGCUGCCAUUGCCUCCUAUGCUGCUGCCGGCACUGCCGCCGCUGCUGCUGCCAAUGCCUCUGCAUCUGCCGCUGGUGGUGGUGGUGUUGGCAGUGGUGGUGGUGCUGCUGGUGGUGGUGGUGGUGGUGUUGGCAGUGGUGGUGGUGCUGCUGGUGGUGGUGGUGGUGGCAGUGGUGGCGGGAACGGUGUUGGCAGUGGUGGCGGGGGGGUGGGAGGGGGAGGGGCGGUGGAGGACGAGUGGGCGAUAGGGCGAGUGCAGGCGCUAUGCAGCCAGCGGCGGUGGCGCAGCACCUGGGCAGUGGGGCGCACACGGGCGGGGUUCCGUGCAACGUGCACAGUGACAACACAAAGCGGCCAGGUGUUUGUGCAGAGGGGCGAAACUCCGCAGAGCGAGCUGAGAGCCAGCGGCAAUGCAGCGAUCAAGAUGCUGCGCAUGCUUAACGACCUGGAGGACAGAGGCUGCUGAUGAGCUGACAAGUGCAUUCUGAGAUGUCUGUCUCGUUGACUGGAAUGACACAUGCUAGCAGCCAGAGCCCGCAUCAUCGCAGCGAUCAAAAUGCUGCGCGUGCUCAAUGACCUGGAGGAUAGGGGCCGCUGAUGUGUUGUCUCUCCCAAGCAUCCCUUGCCUUGACUCUCCCCAAGAAGCAAGCAAAAACCGAAGGGUCCCCACCCCAUUGCAGUGGUCAAGAUGCUGCGCAUGCUCAAUGACCUCGAGGACGGGCCGCUGAGCCGACUCAAUUGAUGAUGUGUGUAGCCAUUGUUGAAAGCACAAGGGGAAUGAGAGCCAGCAUCAAUGCAGCGAUCAAUGUGCUGUGCAUGCUCAAUGACCUCGAGGAUAGAGGCCGCUGAUGAACUGACUCGCCUUGAGUGCAUCACAUGUCAACUUAUAUACAUUUGUUGUUUUAGGCUAGAUAGGUGCAUGCUCUUAGAGGGUAUAACACACGAGCAUAAGAACACCCUGUAUGCCCUAGUCUA